AUGGCUUCACUCGGAAAAUACGUCUCCAAGCUGGCAGGAUCUCGCGUCCUCGUCAUCGGCGGUUCAUCAGGAAUCGGCUUCGGCGUCGCAGAAGCAGCAAUCCAGAACGGCGCCUCUUCUGUGUUUAUCUCCUCAUCCUCCCAGACAAAGAUCUCCAGUGCCAUUGAGCGCCUCAAAGAGAACAAUCAAUCUGCCAAGGCUCAACUUCAUGGUUUUCCCUGCAACUUGGGUUCGCCUGACACACUCACCUCUGAGGUUGAGAACCUCUUCGCCGAAGUCGCCAAGUCUGGCAAGCUAGACCACGUCGUCUUCACGGCUGGCGACAAGCUCGCAGUUGGGAAACUGGAGGAUUUCACUCUCGAUGCGAUUCGUCAAGCUGGCACCGUGCGCUUCUUCGCACCACUUGUUGUCGCGCAGCAACUCCGCAAGCACCUCAACGAAAGCGGAUCUUCAUCAUUCACCGUCGCUACUGGUGGUGCAACAGAGCAUGUCUCCAAGGAUUGGUCCAUCAUGUAUUCUUACUUGUCUGGCCUUCGCGGCAUGAUCCGUGGCUUGGCUGUUGAUCUUGCGCCGAUUCGCGUCAAUGCUGUUGCGCAGGGCCCAACAGACACUGAGAUAUGGAGCUAUGUCAAGGAGAUGGGGUAUUGGGAUAAUGUAACCGGGCACUUGAAGGGAAGAAUGACGACGGGUGAGAUUGGAAAGGUUGAGGAUGUUGUGGAGGCGUAUUUGUACUUAAUGAAGAACAAGAAUACAUCUGGUAGUGUUGUUGAGACUACGGGAGGAACACUGCUGUCUUAG